AUGAUGGAGAAACGUCCACAGGCCGGACUGCUGACCCUGCCGCAUCACCUGCGCCAGGUGCCUCUGGGCGUGCCGAGGUCCCUGCCCCGCCUCCCCCUGCGGGACUCCUUCAGAGUCUCCGCGAGUCUGGACCCCGCGGGUUGGGAGCGGGCUCUCGGCGGCGGCGGCGGCGCCCCGAGGCGGCCCUACCUGCCCCUACGCCUGGACGGCGCCUUCGAGCCCGCCUUCCUCCGCAAGCGCAACGAGCGCGAGCGGCAGCGGGUGCGCUGCGUGAACGAGGGGUACGCGCGCCUCCGAGACCACCUGCCCCGAGAGCUGGCGGACAAGCGCCUCAGCAAAGUGGAGACUCUCCGCGCCGCCAUCGGCUACAUCAAGCAGCUCCAGGAGGUGCUGGAGCGCCAUGCACGGGCACAGGAGGGUGCGGCCGGUGCCAGCUCCUCGCGCAGGGCCGAAUGCAACAGCGACGGCGAGUCCAAGGCCUCAUCGGCGCCUUCGCCCAGCAGCGAGCCCGAGGACGGGGCCAGCUAG